GCUACGACCCACGGGCCAACUGAUUUGUCCGCGAGGCGGAGCGGUCGAGCGCGUUGCGGCGCUCGUCGUCUCCAGCUCGGGCGAACCAUGGAGACGGCGGGCGCGGGGGUUCCGGACUUCCGGUUCGGAUUCUCCCUCCUCCCUCCGACGGCUCUAUACGGCCGGCAGAGUUUACCGGAGAGGGUGGAGGCGCGCUCCACCGGUAUCAAGCGCGUGUUCGAUUUAGGCCGUCUCCAAUAUCAAGCGCUCGUCGCGUGGUAGCGGUGUCACGGAAGCAGGAUGUGUGCAGCUUCGUGCCGUGCCCCUCCGGUGUUCGUCGAAUUGUCCCAGCGGGGACCAUGCUUCUCCGGUCGGGCACCACCACAAGAAAGAAAAUGAUUUCGGAGAGAAGAGUCCACAUGUAUUUCGAGCUGAUGCUUUCAUGACUCAUGAGUCCUGGACAAUCUGAAAUACGAUAAGUUUACAGAGAUAUUUGCUCACCUCCACCCAACCAACCAAAUGGAUCUUAUCUAUGUUUUGCGAACCAAGUUCUGCUGACACAAGCCCGGCCGCCCUAACCCAAUCUCUCGUUUGCUCUGGUCCUGUGCCCGGUGAGAGUAACCCCGCAUGAAAAUGCCAGCGCUGCAGGCUUCCUAGAAGGGCCCUUCCAGGGUGGCAACUCGGUGACAUGGUUAUUUUGGUCUCGGACGUGGUCACUGUCUCAUGGUCAUGUGUUAUUUUGGCAUCGGACCCUGGCACCCUGCAAGAGGUGAACAGGAGUCGCCGCAGAUCACAGGUUAGGCGCGUCACCGAAAGGCCACAGAGUUCAGGGAACAGAGAACCUGGUGUGCGGAGUUGAUGAGAGAUAAGCAGACGACACAAAAAUCCAGUUCAAAAGCGAGUGACCCGUCCGUUUUAUAAGAUGAAGUCCCAGCUCAGGCAAGGCCCCCCUUCUUUCCUUGGCCCGCCCCCGGCACGCCCUCCACCCGCCGCCGCCUCCUCUCCCCCGCGCCUUGGCGGAAUCUCCCCGUCUUCCCCUGCAAGCCCAAGCCCAUGGCGGGGCCUUCGCCCCGUGGCCGCCGCUCCAUGACCGGCCUCGCGCCCCCCCUCCUCCUGCUCGCGUGCGUCGCGGCUUGCUCCGUCCCGGCCGUGCGCGCCCAGGCCGUGAUGUACACCGGGCCCGACGCCGGCAGCGGCAGGAAGAUCACCAACUUCUCCUUCCCCGGGUUCGAGCGUGACCUGCUCAAGCUCUCCAACCUGACGUUCGCGGGCAACACCAGCGUCAGCCAGAACUCGCUGCAGCUCACCCCGGACAGCCUCAACGACCCGCAGAAGUUCCUCGUCAACCAGGCCGGCCACAUCUUCUACUCCACGCCGUUCGUGCUCUGGGCGCCCAACGCGUCCAACGCCACCGCGGACGGCCGGCACGUCGCCUCCUUCUCCACGGUCUUCAAGGCCAACCUCUACCGCGGCGCCAACACGAGCGUCAAGGGAGAAGGGCUCGCGUUCGUCGUCGCGUCCGGCAAGGACGGCGGCCCGCCCCCCGGCAGCUACGGCGGCUACCUCGGCCUCACCAACGCGUCCACCGAUGGCCUCCCCGCCAACGAGUUCGCCGCCGUGGAGCUCGACUCGGUGAAGCAGUCCUACGACCCGGACGACAACCACGUCGGCCUCGACGUCAACGGCGUCCGCUCCUCCGUCGCCGUCCCGCUCGCCCCCUUCGGCAUCGAGCUCGCGCCCAGAGACACCAACGCCACCAACGACGGCAGCAACUAUGUCUGGAUCGACUACAACGGCACGACGCGGUACGUUUGGGUGUACAUGUCCCCGAACGCCGUCAAGCCGGCCACCCCCGUGCUCAACGCGUCGCUGGACCUCUCCUUGAUCCUCCGGGGAAGGAAGGGCUACUUCGGCUUCUCGGCGUCCACCGGCGAGGACUACCAGCUCAACUGCAUCAACAUGUGGAACAUGACGGUGGAGGUUCUCCAGGACGACAGCGUCCCCAACAAGAAAAUGUCGGGUUGGAAGCUCGGGGUGGCCAUCGGCGUGCCGUGCGCCGCCGCGCUGGCGCUGGGGCUGAUCGCCGGCCUGUACUUGAUGAAGAAGCGGAGGAAGGUCGGGGACGACCCGAGCUCGGUGUUCAACAACGCCCUCAACCUGAGGAGCAUCCCGGGCGUGCCCAAGGAGUUCGACUUCAAGGAGCUGCGGAAGGGGACCGGCAACUUCGACGACAAGAUGAAGCUGGGGCAGGGCGGGUACGGCGUGGUGUACCGCGCCACACUGGCCGGGGACAACGGCCAGAGCGUGGAGGUGGCCGUGAAGCAGUUCUCCGGGGCCAACACCAAGGGACAGGAGGACUUCCUCGCCGAGCUCAGCAUCAUCAACCGCCUCCGCCAUCGGAACCUCGUCAAGCUCGUCGGCUGGUGCCAUGACAACGGCAUGCUGCUGCUGGUGUACGACUACAUGCCCAACGGCAGCCUGGACCGGCACCUCUUCGGCGCCAAGGACGCGGCGACGCUGGACUGGAGGCAGCGCCACACGGUGGUGGCCGGCGUGGCGUCGGCGCUCAACUACCUCCACCACGAGUUCGACCAGACGGUGAUCCACCGCGACAUCAAGCCGUCCAACAUCAUGCUCGACUCCUCGUACCACGCCCGGCUCGGCGACUUCGGCCUGGCGCGCGCGCUCGAGUCCGACAAGACCUCCUACACCGACAAGAUCGGCGUGCCGGGCACCCUGGGGUACAUCGCGCCCGAGUGCUUCCACACGGGGCGCGCCACCCGCGAGUCGGACGUCUUCGGCUUCGGCGCCGUGAUCCUGGAGGUCGUCUGCGGCCGCCGCGUCUCCUGCAGCAACCCGGCCGGGUGCAGCCAGCUGCUGGAGUGGGUGUGGCGGCUCCACGGCGCCGGGCGCGUGCUGGAGGCCGUCGACCCGCGGCUGGGCGGCGCGUUCGACGAGGAGGAGGCCGCGCGGCUGCUGCUGCUGGGCCUGGCGUGCAGCCACCCCAACCCGCGGCGGCGGCCCACGGCGCAGGCCAUCCUGCAGAACCUGCAGACGCGCUCCGUGCCGCCGCUCCCCGUGCCCGCGUCCAAGCCGGUCUUCAUGUGGCCCGUGCCGCUCACCGACGGCGAGGUGGAGGAGGGGGAGUACGGCGAGGAGCCGCCGACGUCCAUGUCGCACAGCGACGUCACCAGCUCCUCGUCGUACUACGCCUACGCGUCGUCGUCGGGGUACACCACCCAGAACUACACGGUCACCAGGGACGCCGCGGCGGAGAGAGACGUGUCCACGGUCACGGUUUGAGCGAGACCGGGAUCGACCACGCAGCCGGCCGCCGGCACGGCGGACGGGUCAGUGGCCGCGCACGUGGGCGAGCGGGAUCAAUCAGCUUGAGCUUGGCCCGGUCGGAUUUGGCGCACUGAUGAAGAGUCAAAGGCCGUGAUUCGUGAAGCAGGUGGGCAACGUGCCAAAUGAACCAGAGACGACAAUAAAAACGUCAAAGUCAAACCGGUUGCUGGCAAAAUUGUGGACAGGGUUUUCGUCUUUUCCAUUGCUGCUUUGUAGGUAGUCAGUCCUUUUUUGUCUGCAGCUGCUGCUUGGUUUGCUUCCUGGAAGCCAUCACGUCUAUAUAUAGCCGUGUGUGUAAAUAGCCUCCAUCUCUGUGUGUUGUCACUUUGCUGGGCAUUUUUACCAUUGGGUGACCUGUCUAUAAUUCGGAGUUUCAAAUACCAACAGUGGCUAGCAUGUGUGUUGUUGGUUCUGUUUAUUUUCGAGAAUAAUGAGCGAUGCAGUAACGGUGUUUA